AUGGAACUCAGCAAGAAACCGGAAGAUAUGGAUAGACCAACAGCCGAAGGGAACCUCUUAGAGCAACCUAAAGAGAAGAUGUUACUAACGCGAAAUCCACUAAUGAAAGUAAGAACUUACGUACUUGCAUUGCGCCCGUGGUCGCUUAGUGCUAGUUUACUGCCAACUCUACUGGGUGCUGCGCUCGCGUACCGCCUUCCUGGCGAUACUGGAUUCAGUUGGUGCACUUUAUUUCUGACCCUGUGUACUGUAAUCCCAGUCCAUGGUGCAGGCAAUGUAGUCAAUACUUACUUUGAUUUUGUUAAAGGAAUAGACAACCGUAAAUCUGAUGACAGAACUCUCGUAGAUCACAUAUUAAGUAUAGAUGAAGUUGUUUCACUUGGUGCUAUAUUGUAUCUGGCUGGAUGUGCUUCAUUUGUACCACUUGUUAUUUUAUCACCAGCUCGCAUGGAGCAUUUGGCUCUUGUAUAUUUUGGUGGCUUAUCAUCAUCAUUUUUGUAUACUGGGGGCAUAGGGUUAAAGUACAUAGCCCUCGGUGACAUAUUAGUUUUAGUAAUAUUUGGACCAGUGUCUGUGGUUUUUGCUUUUUUAGCUCAGACAGGCAGAGUUGAUUGGCCUAUUAUUUACUAUGCUAUACCCUUAGCACUUAAUACGGAGGCAAUUUUACACAGUAAUAACACAAGAGACCUGGAGACAGACUGCAAGGCCGAGAUUGUAACUUUAGCAAUACUUAUUGGAAGAACUGCUUCAUAUUUGCUAUAUGCAUUUCUAUUAUUUACUCCAUAUAUUGUGUUUGUAGUUGCAUCAGUCCGAUGUUCCCUUUGGUUUUUACUUCCCAUGUUGACUUUACCUAGAGCUUUCAAAAUAGAAAGAAGGUUUAGAGAUCCUGAUGCAAUGAGAUAUGUUCCGAGACAAACUGCUAGAUUAAAUUUCUAUUUUGGCAUGUUGUAUAUGAUUUCUUGUUUGUUUGCUUCUCGCCUGCCGUUCCUACUCCGAUGA